AUGCAAUUUAUUUUUAAGAUAUUCGUUUCAGAUUAAUAUUUAUCGGAGGAAAAAUGUCUAAACGGGAUCAGGUUCUCAUUAUCGAGCCUCCAAUUGAGCUCUCCUUUCAAGGUCCCUUCGUGACAGCAGUGACUUCCUCAAUGAAACUAAAGAAUCCGUCUGAUAAGAAAGUCUGCUUUAAGAUAAAGACGACUGCACCUAAACGCUACUGUGUCAAACCUAACUCGGGAGUAGUCGAUCCAACAUCUGAAGUUCAAAUCGCAGUCAGUUUACAGCCGUUUGAAUAUGAUCCUUCAGAGAAGAAUAAACAUAAGUUUAUGGUUCAAUCGAUGUUUGCACCGGACGGAGAGAUUGAUCAAGAUAAACUGUGGAAGGAUGCUGACUCGAAUGAAAUGAUGGACUCUAAGCUUAAAUGUGUUUUCGUAAUGCCAGCUGGAGCUGAACAGAAAUAUGUCCCGGAGAAUAAGGUACCGGUGAAAGUAUACCCUGAACUUGAUAAAGUGGAACUACCAGUCAAGCCUCCUGCACCGGCAAAGUCUGAUGGAGAUAUGUCGGAUGCUGUGAAGGAGAUUAAGAAACUGAAUGAAGGAUUGUCUCAGAUUAGACAGGAAAACCUUCUUCUCAAGGAGGAAACUAUGCGUCUGAAGCGUAUUGCCGCAGCAAGCGAGAAGCCUGACGCUAGCAGCUAUUCCAGCACUACUGUUGCCGCGGUUGGUCCUAGUGGAGAGGGAUUAUCAACUUUAUAUAUAUACGCUGCCCUGGCUAUUCUCAUCAUAGGAAUGAUCCUCGGCAAAUUCUUCCUAUAGACAGCCAGGCAAUAGCAUAGGCCUGCCAAGUGGACAACGCUGGAAAAUGGAGUGCUGAUAAAUCUAGAAUGUAUAAAACUAAAUAUUUCACGCAAAUUGUUUCAAUUCUGAUUAUACUACUUUACAACCAGUCUUUGGAGCUGGGUUAUUUAGGACUUUUGGUCGGCAGAUGCCGAACAACCACAUAUUCUCGAGUUUAAAUGUGGCUCAAUUGUGCCAUUUUAGUCAUUUUCAGAGACGCUAGGUUCACCAAUUGUGAUUUCAUUAUGUAGUGUAUACUGUUAACGCUCUGUAUGAAAAAGUAAAUAAUGUUUGUUAGACUAUUUGGCCCAAGAACGGAAAAUUUUCUAGUGUUUUUUUUUGUGAUUUUUCUAACCAAGUUCAUUCCUGUCCAAUCAUUAGAUAUUUUUGAGGAAGGAUUUUUCAGUCGUUUCAUCUGUAUAUUUUAAUUUACGCUACCUCCCCCCCUUCCCUCUCUCUAUUUUUGUUCUUUUUUCACCGAAUCCCCGAAAAUUCUUGAGAUUUCACAUCCUUGACCCGUAAACUGUAUAAUGUUAAUUCUUUUGUUUCUAAGGUUCGAUAAUAAAGGAUCUUCUUCACUAUAAAA